UCCCCGAUCUUGUUUGUAAACAUUCCCGCCCGCCUCUCCCGCUGACCCCCGACCCCCGCGGGAGGGCGGGCGCUGGGCUGCCGAGAGUUGAAUAAGCGACUCUUGUCAUCUUAUGUGAUAACAACCUUCGGUGGAUCAUUUGCAGACUCCUCUUGCUACUGCUUUGAAGUUUCAUCAUCCUUGUCAAGAUCUGGAAGAGCAGCUCAGGAUAUGAUAGUGCCCACAAAUCAGUAGUGGGAGGAAAAUAUGCUUUUGACAGGAGGGUUGAAAUCUCUCCUUCCCCAUGUGUUAAGAAGAAUAAUUAGAUGCAACAGACUCAGUAUUAGUAAUACUUCUGGAAUGGCAGAAGGUUACAAACAGGCCAAUAUUGUGAUUUUGCACAAGUCCCUGGCUGAUGACUUUGAGAAGUUCUGCCGUGCAAAUGAUGGACCCCUGCCACUGCUGUACAGAAGUCAACCAGGUGACUGGAAAUGUCCUUCCCUGAGAAGUGAUUCUGAUAUCAGAACUGAUUGCCUACAGUACAGAAAAUAUGAGCAUGGAGCUUGUACUGGAUCACUGAAAAGCCUUAAGGAGUAUUCUGAACAACUCAAGGACAUGGUGACUUUUUAUUUAGGGUGCAGCUUUUCUUCUGAAAAAGCAAUCCAAAAAGCUGGCAUUCCUAUCAGAAACGUUGAGCAAAAAUGUAAUGCAAGCAUGUACAAAACAUCUGUGCCUUGCAACAGCAUUUCUAUGUUUCACUGCAACUUAGUAGUCACAAUGAGACCCAUUCCUGAAAGCAAGUUGGGAGCAGCUGUGUCAGCAACAUCUGGAUUAAAAGAAGCCCAUGGAGCACCAAUUCACAUAGGUGACCCUGGUCUGCUGGGAAUACAAGAUCUUUCUAAACCAGACUAUGGCGAUCCAGUUCACCUUCACCCUGGUGACAUUCCAGUGUUUUGGGCCUCAGGACUAACAGGAGUAGAAGCAAUUAUCAACAGCCGAGCUCCGUUAGCUUUUACCAAUUCUCCUGACUGCACGUUCGUUACGGACCUAGAGAGAGGUACAGUCAGCUCCUCAGGAGGAGCCCCACAGGUCCACUGCAUCUCUCAAGAUCCUCUGCAUUUCAGCAUUGUGUCAGCAGAAGCAGCCCAAAAGAUAAAUACUCUGGAGACCCUAAUUGGAGUAGAUCCAGGGGAGCGGGGGAUCGGGCACCUGCGGCGGCAGGGGGAGCUGCUGGGGGCCAGCCUGGCCCUGUCGCGGGCGGGCUCGGUGCUGGUGACCACGGGAUUCCCCACGCACUACAGCCACCAGCCCCCCGAGGAGAACGACGGCCCCCCGGGCGCCCUGGCCAUCGCGGCCAUGCUGCAGGCCCUGCAGAAACGGGUUGCCAUGGUUACGGAUCGCAGAGCCAUGGAGCUGAAUACAAAGAUUAUUGAAGAAGCUGUUCAACUAGGAAUCCUGAAGAAGCCCAUCCCUCUAUUGAGUUAUCAAAGGGAAAAUGCCAAUUCAGCUUUAAUGUUUUUGUGUGAGAAUGGGAAUCCUGAAAGACCUAGAUUUGAUCACCUGGUAGCAAUAGAGCGUGCUGGGAUGGCUGCUGAUGGCAAUUAUUACAAUGCCAGGAAAGUUAACAUUAAACAUCUUGUGGAUCCCAUAGAUGAACUAUUUUUAGCUGCACAAACCAUUCCAGGAAUCACAACAACAGGUGUUGGAGAUGGAGGAAAUGAACUAGGAAUGGGCAAAGUAAAAGAUGCUGUGAAGAAGCACAUAAAAAAUGGAGAUGUUAUAGCUUGUGAUGUUGAAGCUGAUUUCACUGUUGUAGCUGGUGUGUCCAACUGGGGUGGCUAUGCCCUUGCCUGUGCCCUGCACGUGCUGCGCUGCUGUGCCACCCACGAGCGGUACCUGCGCCGCGCCCUCGGCUGCCCGCGCGCCCCGAGCCAGCGGCCCUGGCUGCCAGCGCUGCCCUCCGUCCCCAAGGAGGAAAAGCUUCUGAAAGCACUUGUGCAGCUCGGGGUCCGCAGUGGCAAAACUGCCAGUCUGGAGAUGGAGGUGGAUGGGCUGCCCUUCUACAGCACCCACUCACUGAUGAUUGAAAAGCUGCUGCAGGAAGCUCAGCACUGACUGCCCCUAGUGAUUUCUACAUGAAGAGUUGCUCCCAUGUCAUUUCCUUAUUUCUGAGGCUCUCUCAAGAUGUAAAAGAUCAGAAAAAGAUGGCUUUUCAUCUCUGGUGUCUUGACCACACACAGCCUUUCAUUGUUAUCCUUACAACAUCUCUGUGAAACAAGAAGAGGAUAUCAUCAUCCAUUUGGCUUACAUUUCUUUUCUGUAAUUUUAUAAUGGAAAACGGAAUUUUGUAAUUUUAUAAUUUUUAAUGGAAAAUUAAUAUUAAAUUAUAUUAUACAAUUAGAGGUGAUCUGGCUUUUACAAAGAAAGCAUGAAAUUACAAUGAGAUAUUAUUG